AUGUCUCCCUUCAUUUCUUAUUUUAUUUUUUUUUUUCCCUUGUUCUUUCGCCUCCUUUUAUUUUCUUGUUUUUCCUCAUUUUCAUUGCUCCCUUUCUUUUCUUGUCAUCAUUCAUUUCUAUUUAGGUUUUAUCAUUUUCAUUGGUCUCUCUUCCUUUUUAAAUGUUCUCAUCCUUGUUCCAUCAACUUUCAUCUUUCUCUUAUCCUCAUUUCUUUAUCUUUCUUUCAUUCCUUUUUGUAUUUCAAUACUUCGUUCAAGCCGCUAAGGAAAAAUUAUAUUUCCUUUGUCUUUCCUUUCUCUCACUUUCUUUCAUUUUUCCUUCCUUCCUUAUGUUCUCUUUUUUUCAUGGUGUCUUUUCCUUUCUUUUCUAAUCAUUCACUUUCCCGGCUCUUUUCCUUCAGUUAUUUUGCAGUCUUUCAUUUUCUUUCAUUCUUUUUAACAUCAUUUUAUACCUUAUGCAUUUUUUUCUUUCUUCAUUAUUUUUUCUUCCUCUGCUUUUCUAUGUUUCUUUAUUUUUUUUUAGUUUCCUCAUUCCUUUUACAUUUUUUUUCCUCUGACUUUCUUUGUUUUUUUUUAUGCUUUCAAAUCAUUCUUCAUUCACAUUUUACUUCCUUUCCUUACAGCCUUACUUAA